AUGUCCAGUUCAGAUCAAGAAUCAAGAACCAAAUCACUUGAAGUUGAAGAAAAUCAAAUUGACCAUUACGAUAGAGACUUGCACAAUGAAUUAGACAAGCAUGAGUUGAACAAGAUUUAUCGCAAGUUGGAUUGGCGUAUUAUUCCCGCAUUGUGGUGUCUUUAUUUCCUCACCUCAUUUGGGUCAAAUUGUUAUGGGUUAACCUUGACCAUGAAUGCUGAAGCUGGCCAUUCAUUAACGCAAUCGUUGAAUUUGAGCUCAAAACAUACUUCCACUGCAUCAGCUUUAUACUAUGUUGGUUAUAUCAUCUUUGAUGUCCCCAUGAAUCUUGUCAUGACAAAAGUUAGCCCCCAGUCAUGGUUAGCCAGAAUUGUCAUUACUGUGGGGUUGGUAUACGCAUGCUAUUCUGCCUUGCACAAUGCCGGUAGCUUAAUAGCAUUGAGGUUCAUUAGUGGUGUUGUUGGUGCUGGUACUUGGCCAGGGAUGAGUUACUAUGUCUCUCUUUGGUAUCCUAAUGACAGAGCAACUAGAAGAAUCGGUUACUAUUUCACAGCAGCACAAAUUUCGGCAGCGGUUGCCGGGCUUGUCAGUGCUGGUUUCCAAAAGAUUGAUGGUAAUCGAGGCUAUUACGGUUGGCAAUGGAUGUAUUUGACGUACGGUACAAUCACUAUCGCCGUGGGAAUAGCUUUGCUUUGGUGGUUACCUGAUAGACCAUUCAAUGUUGUCAAACAAUCAGACAGCAAAGUCAUGAAGUUUUACAAUCGAUUCUUUACUCCUACUCAUCCAUUAAAUGCCACAGAAAAGGAGUUGCAUAGAAAGGAUAUAGAGUAUAGGUACAAGUUGAUCAAGUGGACUUGGAGAGAUGUUGUUGCCAUCAUUACCGAUUUGCGUAUUUGGCCCUUGAUUAUGAUGUACUUUGGUGUUGUUGGAACUGGGUUUGGUUUGGCGGUGUUUGGAUCAACAAUCAUUAAGGUGAAUAACCCCAGCUUGACGUCGAUUCAAGUCUCUUUGUUGUAUGCCCCCAUUUGGUUAUUUGAUUUAGGUGGAAUAUUAACAAUUACUCCGUUUGCCGAUAGAUUCAAAAGAUUUAGACCCUUGAUAUUUUGUGGUGCAUGUGUGAUAAUCAUUGUUGGAAUGGUAGUCACCACUUUUGCCCACGGCCCUUGGAACAAAUAUGCUGGAUUGCUAAUUGCUGGUUAUGGAUUAGGACCUACUGUGCCCAUUUGCAUGUCGUGGUCAGCAGAAAUCUUCUUCUCUAGAUACGGAGAUGUUGGGACUGCCGUUAGUGCAGCUUUGGUCAGUGGGUUGGGAAAUUUGGGUUCAGUUACUGCAACUUAUGCGUUGUAUUCCGGGUGGCCAGAAGACAAGGUGAGAUUGUAUCGUGAUUCUAAUAUGAUGUUGGUGUUGAUUACUGGUGUUAGUAUUAUUUCCUGUGGGGUUUGCUACUUGAUUAAGGAUAAAGUGAGGCAAGAGGGUCCAAGUGUUGAUAUGAAAGAGCAAGAGGCACUUGAAUCUAUGUAA